AUGGCCGGGGCCAUCGCCUCCCGCAUGAGCUUCAGCUCCCUCAAGCGCAAACAGCCCAAGACCUUCACCGUGCGCAUCGCCACCAUGGACGCGGAGAUGGAGUUCAGCUGCGAGGUGAAGUGGAAAGGGAAGGACCUGUUUGACCUGGUGUGCAGGACGCUGGGGCUGCGGGAAACCUGGUUCUUCGGGCUCCAGUACACCAUCAAGGACACGGUGGCCUGGCUCAAGAUGGACAAGAAGGUUCUGGAUCACGAUGUUCCAACAGAGGAGCCCAAAACCUUUCACUUCCUGGCCAAAUUUUAUCCUGAGAAUGCAGAGGAGGAACUGGUCCAGGAAAUCACCCAGCACUUGUUCUUCCUGCAGGUGAAGAAGCAGAUUUUGGAUGAGAAGAUCUACUGUCCUCCUGAAGCUUCUGUCCUGCUGGCCUCCUACGCCGUCCAAGCCAAGUAUGGUGAUUAUGAUCCCAAUGUCCACAAGAGAGGCUUCCUGGCACAAGAGGAGUUGCUUCCAAAGCGGGUGAUAAACCUGUACCAGAUGACUCCAGAGAUGUGGGAGGAAAGGAUCACGGCCUGGUAUGCGGAGCACCGGGGCAGAGCGAGAGACGAGGCUGAGAUGGAGUAUCUGAAGAUCGCCCAGGAUCUGGAGAUGUACGGCGUGAACUACUUCGCCAUCAGGAAUAAAAAGGGCACGGAACUGCUCCUUGGAGUCGAUGCCUUGGGGCUUCACAUUUAUGACCCAGACAACAGGUUGACCCCUAAAAUCUCCUUCCCUUGGAACGAGAUCCGGAACAUCUCGUACAGCGACAAAGAGUUUACGAUUAAGCCGUUGGACAAAAAGAUUGAUGUUUUUAAAUUCAAUUCAUCAAAGCUGCGUGUGAAUAAGCUGAUCCUGCAGCUGUGCAUUGGGAACCACGACCUCUUCAUGAGGAGGAGGAAGGCAGACUCCUUGGAGGUCCAGCAGAUGAAAGCACAGGCCAGGGAGGAGAAGGCCAGGAAGCAGAUGGAACGGCAGCGCCUGGCGCGGGAGAAGCAAAUGAGAGAAGAGGCUGAGAGGACCAGGGAUGAGCUGGAGAGGAGGCUGAUGCAGUUAAAGGAGGAGGCAACAAUGGCCAACGAGGCUCUGAUGAGGUCCGAGGAGACAGCAGACCUGCUGGCAGAGAAGGCCCAGAUCACGGAGGAGGAGGCCAAGCUGCUGGCGCAGAAGGCGGCGGAGGCCGAGCAGGAGAUGCAGCGGAUCAAGGCCACGGCCAUCCGGACCGAGGAGGAGAAGCGGCUGAUGGAGCAGAAGGUGCUGGAGGCUGAGAUGUUGGCUCUGAAAAUGGCCGAGGAGUCGGAGAGGAGGGCAAAGGAGGCAGAUCAGCUCAAGCAGGACCUUCAGGAGGCUCGUGAGUCGGAGCGGAGAGCGAAGCAGAAGCUCCUGGAGAUCACCAGCAAGUCGUCCUACACACAGUCCAUGAACUCCAGUACGACGGCGCUGCCCACAGACCUGCCAAGCUUCAACCUCAUCAGUGAGAGCCUGUCCUUCGACUUCAAGGACACGGACAUGAAGAGGCUGUCCAUGGAAAUCGAGAAGGAGAAGGUGGAGUACAUGGAGAAAAGCAAACACCUCCAGGAGCAGCUGAACGAGCUGAAGACAGAAAUCGAGGCACUGAAGCUCAAGGAGAGGGAGACAGCCCUGGAUAUAUUGCACAACGAGAACGCCAGCAGAGGCAACAGCAAGCACAACACUAUUAAAAAGCUCACCCUGCAGAGCACCAAGUCCCGCGUGGCCUUCUUCGAGGAGCUCUAGGAGGUGUCCGGCCGCUCCGCACCGCUACUGCUUCCCGACGGCUCCCGGAGCCUGGCCCGGGGCCGGGGGGUCCCCGGGGGGCUGCGCACCACCCCGGGCCCCCUGGGUGCUCCAGCCCCGCACCCCGCCGGCCCCGGGGCUGCCCACGGACUGGGUGAUGUUCUCUAGCUUAGUGUCCCUUCAGCCUCCCCCCUCACACUCUGUUUUCCUGGGGUUUUCCAGCUUUUCUUUUACUUUUUUCUAGCACAGCUCCUCGGCUCGGCCCUCUGGGCUUUUCCCAGGUGCCAGGGUAGGGGCUGUGGUUGUGGCCCCCCAGCCUGGCAGCCAGCAGAGGAGUGUGCCCAAGGCUCUCCCUGGCAGGGAUGACAUCCCUCCGGAUUGCCUUCUCCUGCUGGCCCUGGAGCUCCAUGUUUCAGCCUGGAGCCCUGUGUGCCUGCUCUGAAGCCCCUUGUGCCAGCCCAGAGCUCCCUGUGCCAGCCCUGGAGCCUCAUGUGCCAGCCUGGAGCCCCGUGACCUCUGGGGUCCCACGUGCUGAUCCUGGAGCCUCACUCAUGUGGUGGCCUGGAGUUGUGUGUGCCAGCCUGGAGUUGUGUGUGCCAGCCUGGAGUUGUGUGUGCUCGCCCUGGAGCCUCCGGUGCCAGCUUUGGGGUCCCAUGAACUGGCCCCGGAGUUCCAUGUGCCGGUCCCAAGAGCCCUGAUCCAGCCCUGGAGCCCCGUGUGCCUGUUCCAAGCCCCGUGUGCCAGCCUGGAGCCCCGUGUGCCCUCCCGUGCCGGGAGCUCCAUUAGGACGCCGAGCAUGUUCCAGCGGAGAGCUGUAAAUCAGGGCCGGCUCUCCCAGCGCCGCCGGGGUGGGAGGCAGGAGCGGGAUGGCAGGGACCCGGGCCUGUGGGAAUCCAGGCGGCUGCUUCCCGGGGGAGAGGAGGUGGGAGGAAGGUCUCCUCCUCUUCUCCUCCUCCUUUUCCUCCUCCCCCUCCCUGCCAGGAAUGCGGAGCGGGAGAACAGCUAGUGCCAACCAAAUGAAACCUUAUUUUUCCUGCAAACUGUGACAAACUCGGACAGCUUCAGGCUGGGGGGCCGCGGGCUGGGCUUUCCCUGGGUGCCUGGAUCCAGCCCCUCCGAUCCCCGCCCCGGGAAUGCCGCUAUCCCGGGCUGAGCCCGGGGCUGCCCGCUCCUGCCUGUCCCACCGCGGGUGCCUUCGCUCUGACCCCCCCGCGGGGGCAACAGGGAUGCCCUGACCUUCCCUUCCUGCUUCCGUCCCAAAUCCCGCCCGGCUGGAAUCCUCCUUCCAGCCGCGACUUCCCCUUCAGCAGAGCCGGUGCUGCCCCGGGGAUCCCCCAGAUCCCCUCGGGACCCCCAACUCCUCCCUCCCGCAGCCUCACCUGACCCACAGCCCCCCCGGAGGCUCAGCCCGGGGCUUGGCGUGGCGUAAAUCCCAUCCCAACCCCUUUUUAUUUAAAACCUGGGAUCGAUUCCUUGCCCGUGGCUGCAGUUCGGAUGGCUGUGGCCCGGCACAGCCGCGUUCCCACUCCCUGGACUGUUGUACUCCCAAGGAAUAGCUGUUUUCUCCUGUUUUAAUAAAAAUUCACAGCACUACGGGGGG